AGAUAGAAGAAAAAUAAGGUUAAAUAAAUAAAUAAAGAAGUAAGAUUUCUUAUGGGAUUAAUGGCCGGCAACAAUAUGAAGGUUAUCGAGUAUUUUGUCACCCUAGCACUUGGAGUGAAUUUUCAGUGUUAUGCAACUGAGGUAAGUAAAUUAUGGUAACGCUUUUCGAUUUCAAAGUAUAAGCAUAUUUUAAAUUGUUUUGAGAUGGUAACAAGGUUUAAAUUGAUUUUAUUAGCAUCAAGCAUGAUUGACUUGAAAUGGAAUUAUUUUCAUUUUCAUUGAGUAGACCAUGCCUACUUGGAGAUUACUUAACUACCCUGAUGAUUUGAAAAUUUUUGUAAAUUAUGAUUUUCUUGUUAAAUCCAUGCCCACAUGGAAUUUUCCUGGUUUAUUCUUGAAAUUUGAGAUUGAUUGUGAAUUACGAAUUUUUCCUGUAAAUCCUGCAUGGUUUUGUCUCUAAUAUAGUCAUGAUUACUAAUUACUUACGCCCGCUAGUGGGAGUUUGCAAACGCUAGCACAUGUUGACAUGUUUACCGAUAGGACAAGUUCAUUCUUUAAUCCUACCAAUGGGAUAAUACAUUGGUUAUUACUGACGUAUGCUAGUGGGAAUUUGUUAAACACUGGCCAUGACUUAUAGAUGAGACUACUACUGAAUCUUAUUUUGCAUUGAUAGUUUAUAAUUGAACGUCUGUUAUGUUAAAAUGUUUAUUAGGCAUGCUUAAAUUUUACUCAUGGGCUAUCCAUAUUUUUACUUACUGAGAUAUUUUAUCUCAUAGUUUUCCUUGUCCACCAUUUCAAGAAGUGAGACCCGAGGCACAACUAACCAAAGGGAGCGACGAGCUAGAAGGCUAAUUAGUAUUUUGGACUUAGAUCCUUUUGGACUUAGGCCAUUAGCCACACAUGCUUGAUAUAGAUGUGAAAUGAUAAAUCAUUUUUUUGUACACUGAGUUUCCCUUGGUUAUAGCCUUGACUGUUUUAUAAACUUUUGUACAUCUGGACUAGUAAAUUUUUUGUAAUUGA